AUGGAAGACUUUCAUCUUUCUUCAGAACGAUUUUCUUUUGACGAGGAUAACAUAGCCAACAGACUGACCCUCACACCCUCUCAGAUAGAUCUAAGCUCGAACAUCACACAGUAUGCUGACAGCGAGAGAAUAAAGCUGAUUUGGGGCACUACAAUUAACAUUCAAAAUACAAUCGAAAACUUCAAGGAGUUUAUAAGAAGAAGCACGAAGUAUGUUGAAAUGCUCACGAAUAUUAAUCUUACAAGAGUGUUCGUUAUGCAUUUAGACUGUGCGGAGCUUGAAGAGGCUUUAUUUCUGGAGCUUCUCUCGUAUCCCCAAGAAGUAAUCCCGCUCUUCCAAAGCUGUCUUGGUGAAAUCUAUAUGGAAAUGUUUUUAGAGCAGCCAGAGGAAAUCAAAAUCAGGCCAUAUAACAUUGGAAGGCCUCUCAGUAUCCGAGAUGUUGAUCCUAAGGAUAUUGACAAGAUUGUAUCGGUGACUGGAAUGGCGGUCAGGACAUCUUCCAUCAUACCGGAAGUUAGAAGAGCUGUGUAUUUCUGUGUUAAGUGUACCAGGCGCGUGUCUGUGGACAGCAUUAAAAAUAUCAUCAAUGAGCCGACCAUCUGCGAAUGCGGAGAAAAGUAUGUGUUUGAACUAAGACACAACGAGGGAGAUUAUAUCGACAGGCAAGUAGUCAAGAUUCAGGAGCUGCCAGAAUGUAUUCCCGAUGGAGCCACUCCAUCCACAAUUACUGUUAUCUCAAAGGAUGAUCUGGUGGAUAGUCUCAUUCCGGGAGAUAAGAUCACAGCUAUUGGAAUUCUAAGGGCUGUGCCAGUAAGGGUAAGUCCCAACCUCAAGAAGCUCAAAAGUUCGUUCAGAGUGUUCGUAGAGCUACUUUCUGCCACUGUUUCAAAUAAAAAACACGAAGACACAACAGACUACCUCUCCGAGAUUGAUCGACUGAGAAGACAAAAAAACAUCUAUGACAUUCUGACAGCAUCGAUUGCCCCUUCUGUCUAUGGUCUUGAAAAUGUAAAGAAGUCGCUAUUGCUACAGCUUUUCGGCGGGGUUUCCAAAAACCUUAAAUCUUCCCGACUGAGAGGCGAUAUUAAUAUUCUAUUGGCUGGUGAUCCAGGUAUAUCGAAAAGCCAGCUACUGAGUUUUGUGCAUAGGAUCUCUCAGCGGGGAAUGUACACCAGCGGGCGGGGGUCCAGCGCAGUGGGUUUAACUGCCAGUGUAUCAAAGGAUCCUGAUAGUGGGCAGUAUAUCCUUGAGAGCGGUGCGCUGGUUCUUAGCGAUAAGGGGGUCUGUUGCAUUGAUGAAUUUGACAAAAUGAGCGACUCAACAAGAAGUGUGCUUCACGAAGUCAUGGAGCAGCAGACAGUCAGCAUCGCCAAAGCCGGAAUCAUCACUACCUUGAAUUCACGAUGCUCGAUAUUGGCCAGCUGUAAUCCGGUCGAGAGUAAGUACAAUCUGAAAAAGAGCAUUCUUGAGAAUAUCAACCUGCCACCUACUCUUCUGAGUCGAUUUGAUAUUAUUGCUGUUUUAAUUGAUCGGCCCGACGACAAGCUUGACAGGAGAGUUGCCGAGCAUAUUCUAGAUAUGUAUGCUGGUGAAAAGGAGGAAAGUAGAGGAGUCUCGCCUGGUCUUCUCAAGGCGUACAUCAAGGAAGCCAAGAAGAUCACUCCAGUGUUGACUUCGCAGUCAAUCGACGCUUUGGUGGAGGCAUAUGUGGAUCUAAGACAGCUAGACAAUGGCAAGACAGUUACUGCCACAACACGGCAGCUUGAAAGCCUCGUAAGACUUUCAGAGGCGCAUGCAAGAAUGAGGUUCUCUUAUACAGUUGAUAUUGUUGAUGUGAAAGAGGCAAUAAGACUGAUCAAAGAGAGUCUUUUGCUCUAUGCUCUUGAUCCGAAGACUGGAAGAGUUGACAUCGAUAUGGUUAUUACUGGAAAGAGCGCAUCAGAGGGCAAGCACAUUGAUAUGGUCUGUGAGAGUGUUCUAAAACUGGUAAAGAAGAAGACAAGCUAUGCAGAGCUUCUUGCAACACUUGGUGUUGAGGAACGCAUCCUCAGUGAAGCACUUAGGGAGCUUGAUGGCGAAGAGGUUAUUGUGUAUGACAAAGUUAAUGGAACAAUUGAAAGAGUCAAAUAA